GGACGGAGUACGCCGAGUAACGAGAACGAGUCAGACGUGGGGCGCUGAGUGUUGAGCACGGACCUCGGUAGAUUUCGUUCGCGAGAUCUGGAAAAAUAAUAAAAGACCGCUAUACUGGGUAAUUUAACUUAAACUUAAUGUGUAGAUGUAAAUAAAAGUUAAUAAGAAAUUGUUGUUAGUGUGUGUGAAAGUGUAUUGUCAUAUUCUUGAAGAUUAUAUCUUUUUCGAUAAGUGCCGGUUCUAAGAAGAGAGUCGUUUACACGUGAACUGACUAACAGAUAAAAGUAUAAGUUAUGUGUGAUACUGUUCGGGGGACAAAUAGUGCGUGCGUGGUAGCAGCAAGUUGAGAGAUGCUGGUGCGGGGGUGCGCCGGGAGUGAAUUUCGGCACUCGCUUGCGGAGCGCACUAAAGCCCUGGCGGCCAAGUGCCAUGCGUUGCGUUCGCCGGCGCACCAACGCGAUCAACGCAGCGCAGAGCGCCGUCGCACCAAAAAUCGCAAAUCGCAAACACGGUGGUACGUAAAGCAGCCGACAUGGCGAUUGUGGGGCGAAGAACGGGUGGAUGGUGCAAUAUACACGGUGUAUCUCAAGAAGGUGCGAUAUCAUCGACCGACACGCUCGGCUUCUAGUGAAUCCGAUGACGAAAUCUCUCACUUGGAGUGGGAGACGGUGCGCGUGCGCUUCGUGAAGGCGGGUACCGUCGAACGUCUUGUCGAGGCUCUGGCCACCGACGAUGGCGAGCUGGAGUCAACAUACGUCAACGUCUUCCUUGCCACUUACCGUUCAUUUGCGGAAUGCAGUCGAGUGCUGGACCUCUUGCUGCGACGGUAUGAAGCACUGGCCAUGGAAGACGUUCACCCAGCAGCGAUCGAUACUUCGCAACAACAUAGAAAGACUCUGGUGGCAUGUCUCCACGUCUGGCUGGAUACCUACCCGGAGGACUUUCGUCAACUCCCACACCAUCCCGCACUGCAGCAGCUUCUCGCCUUCACACAGCUUCACCUACCUGGCUCUGAGCUACACUCGAAGGUGUUACAGAAGCUAGCGGUAUUCAGUGCGGAGCGCAACGGCGGCGCGGCGGGCGGCGUGUGCCUGGCGCCCGGCAUGCGCGUGGCGGCGCACCACACGUGCGCCUACCGCCUGCCGCACGUGCCGCACCGCCACUUCGCCGAGCAGCUCACGCGCAUGGACAUGGAGCUGUUCAAGAAGCUCGUCCCGCACCAGUGCCUGGGCGCCGUGUGGUCGCGCCGCGACAAGGACCGCUCGCACGACGCCGCCACCGUGCUGGCGACCGUCAACCAGUUCAACGCGGUCUCCUUCCGCGUCAUCUCGACGGUGCUCGUCGAGCCCAACCUGCGGCCCGUCGACCGCUCCGACAUCCUCGCGGCGUGGCUGGAUAUAGCGAGGGAGUUGAGGGUGCUUAAGAAUUUCUCGUCCUUGAAAGCCAUAAUUUCGGGUCUGCAGAGCAAUCCCGUGUACAGGCUGAGAAAGACGUGGGCGCUGCUGUCUAAAGAGAAAGCCGAAUUGUUCGAGGAACUGGCGAGGAUAUUCAGCGAGGACAAUAACAGAUGGGCUCAGCGUGAGCUUUUAAUGCGCGAGGGGACCGCGAAGUUCGCCGACACGGUGGGAGAAAAUGAUAAACAAUUGCAAAAAUUGCUCCACGAACGUGGAUCGCCAGGUGUCAGUAACGGCACGAUCCCAUAUUUGGGUACGUUUUUAACUGACCUUACGAUGAUCGACACCGCUAUUCCCGAUACUGUCGCCGAUGGUUUAAUAAAUUUCGAUAAAAGAAGAAAAGAAUUCGAAGUGCUUGCGCAGAUUAAACUAUUACAAGGUGCUGCCAAUGCUUAUCAUUUGCCCACUGACCCAAUGUUUGAUAGAUGGUUCGACUCGGUGAUCGUGCUCGAUGAUAGAGAGGCGUAUCAACUAUCGUGUCAAAUCGAGCCACCAACGAAUCCACCGAAAGAAAGGCGUCCGAAAAAAUUAAACGAUAACAAUAACCACGGGCACAGGAAGAAUGAUUCUAUAGCUAGUACCAGUUCCAGCAAUAGUUCGCAGUUCUAUUGCGAGACAGACGGUGUAGGAAAUGCUUGGAAGAGAGAUAGCCUAGAACGCCGAAUAUCACCGACAAGAUUGUCCCACGGUUCGUCUUCGUCGUCUAUUCCUUCAUUAGAUGUUUCUUUAUCAAGUGCAAAUAGUGGACAGAAACCUGCAAAUGGCAAAAUAGCAUCAACAAGUCCUGCUCAUCCGAAUGCUAGGAGUGGUCCUGAUUUCUAUAUAAUUCGGGUAACAUAUGAGUCGGAUUGUGUGGAGACCGAGGGUGUCGUGCUAUACAAAUCAAUAAUGCUGAGCAACAAUGAACGCACACCGCAGGUGAUUAGAAAUGCAAUGCUCAAACUCAACCUCGAUGGCGAUCCUGAUGGAUACACUUUGGCUCAAGUUUUGCCUGAUAAAGAAAUGGUUUUGCCGGCUAACGCGAACGUAUAUUAUGCUGUUAAUACGGCAUACAACCUAAACUUCAUCUUACGACUUCGCAAGAGCCAACAAGAAGAGGCGAUCGUUAAUGGAAAAACAAAAAAUAAACGAACUUGAUUAUACCUCAAUAUCCCUUCAUUAUUUUGCUGCCCGUUUACAUAGUAAUAAACGAUGGCAGCUUGAUAACGGUAUAACGAAGAUACACCAAAUAAAAGUGAAAUAAUGUGGAGGACUAUCAUUUCUUUACUUAUGAACUCAAAAAACUACUUGUACAAAUAUCAUUCUCAUCCUUUCAUGAAUUAGUGUUAAGUACCCGUGCCUCAUGUUAAUAUAAAAUUGUUGAUUAUGUACAGACCAUUCGUGUCUGUACACGUGCGCUCGUAGUAUACUUAAUACGAGAAGUAUUUGAUAAUUAUAGUUAUUGUAACCGAAUGUACCUAACUGUAAAUACCAUGCUCUCAAUGCCACCUCUAAGUUAAGUGUUGUAUUAUUAACUAAUUGUAAUGUGAUUUAUCUAUAUUUGUAUAUAUUGAUUAUAUAUCACGAAUAUGAAUCUCGUAAAGUAAGAAUAUUCUAGUAAAAAUAAUAAGCCAAAGGCGAUAUCAUAAUAUGUAAUAGCAAGGUGCUGUUUCCCUUUAAUAUGUAAAAUACAGCUUUAAAAUUUAACACGUUUAAACCGAAUUUCGGAUAAUACUUAACAGUUUUUUACUCAUAAUAUUGAUAUUGAAAAGGAUUCGUCGAAAAAGCAAAACGAUAGUAAAGUAAGUGAUUUUGUAAUCAAAUUGAAAUAAAAGACUAAUACCGGCUAAAUAAUUUGUAUACAUGUUGCGUAUUAAACGUAGUCUACUUAAACCGCAUUUGAAUUAUACAAUGUGCCUAUAUUAAUUAUUGUUUAUAUUUUAUAUAUAUAUUUCAUAUUUCGGGACAAUUGAUACUGGUACUAUAAUACUCUAGUAGAAUAAAAAAGUGUUCAUGUUACCUACAGUUAGUCUGAAUUAAGUAAUAGACCAACCAUUAGUGCAAAAGUGGCUUAACCUGCCAUGUCAAUAAAAACUAUGGAAGUAACUGGGUACUGAAGUGAAAUGCAAAAUUUGCGUUUGAUAUUUACUGGUGAUAUGAAGACAUGUCGAAUUUUAGUGUUGUAGAGGUAUGUCUCUUUUGUACUAAUUGCACUAAUGUUUCAAAAAGUGCUUUUGUAAAUAAUUAUACUUUCAGUGUAAUAUUGUAGAUGACACCAGUGUCCCGUAUAACGUUAUAUGGUUAUAUAUUUUGUGUAAUAAAAUAAUAAUAAUAAUUUAUAA